AUGAACUCAACCAAAAAAUCCGCUUCGGACCUCGUGGGGGAGGUAAAACCCCAACAACCGGCGACUGAGAGUGAAUUGGACGAGGAGGAGCUACUGCCCUCAGAUGAUGAGACUCUGGCUCCGUCCUUUUCAGAGGGAAGUGCUAAGACCAGCACACCUCAAGCGACACAACCAACGACAAGCAAAGCAGCGGCAAGCCAAGCCAAAGCGACGGGCGAACACGGGAAGACAAAACCGUGGACCAACCAACAACGAAAGGCGCAAGCGAGCAAGGCCCAUUUCAUCCUCGCCAAAAUAGCAAGGAAUGAAAAGGAGGGCAAAGCCGAUCCGCGCGACCUAGCAGACAAAGCUAGGUACCUCGCAGUGAUCGAGGAGUAUGAGCGAUACGAAAAGGAGCACCCAGAAACGCUUUUGCCUCCCCAAACGAAGCGCAACCGCUCACAAGAAGUGAGCGAGAGCGCUCUGAAGAGAGCCAAAGACGCAAAGGGCGCACCAAGACCGACCACUUAUGUCAAGACGGCGAAAAAGUUCAGCGAGGUGGCCCGAGAUAGCCUCGCUAUGGCACUUGUUGAUGAGCUCAACGACGAUGGGCGCCUUCUGAUGGAGAAAUGGGAGGAGGUCGAGACCCAGUUGGCAGAGAUGGUGACUGACAAACUACUGUCCGAGCCAACGGGCCAGUCACCCUCCUUUGACUUUUCGGAUAUGGUUAGGGGGCACCGGGUAAUCAGGUGCGACGAUGAGUACUCGCGGGACUUCCUGGCGGAUUGCGUUGCCAGACUAGGCAAAGCAUGGAAGGGGAUUAGCAUUAAGCUGGUCCCCGCCAAGGACAUCCCAAGGAGACCCAGAGCUCGCAUUUGGUUACCCAUGGGGCUGCCUAGCCAUGAAAGGGUGCUCAAGACUCUGCGUGCGAUGAACAAGGGAGUCGACAUGGAGGACUGA